ACCGUGCGCGGUCACCAGGCGCGUCAAGGACAGGACCACGUGUACUGUGUUGACUGUCAAAGUCUGAGGACACCCAAUUUCCGGAAGCUGUGAGUUCUGCCAGAAGUUCCUGCACCCGAGUUUUCCCGAGGCUGCGAAUCCCGGCCAUGAGUGCCCCGGGCGUGGUGUCCUUCACCCAGCAAGGCUGGGAGCAGGUGCUGGCCAAAGUGAAACGGGCUGUGGUCUACCUGGAUGCCGCCUGCGCCGAGAGCCUGCACUGGGGCUGCGGAUCCACGCGGCUCCUAGAGGCUGUGGGUGGUCCCGAGUUUCACCUGAGGGAGUUCCAGUCUGAUGCAGUUGGUGGAGGAGUCAAGCAGCCCAAGGCAGUGUUUGUGUUGAGCUGCCUGCUGAAAGGUCGGACUGUGGAGACCAUAAGGGACAUAAUAUGCCGCAGUCACUUCCAGUAUUGUGUGGUGGUCACAGCAGUGAGCCACGCUGUCCACCUCACGGCUAACCAUGUCCCAGCGGCUGCAGCUGCCGAGCUGGAGGGGCAGCAUCCGGUGUUCGAGCAGCUGGAGGAGAAGCUGUGUGAAUGGAUGGGAAACAUGAACUACACAGCCGAGGUGCUGCACGUCCCAUUGUUGCUCGCCCCUGCUGCUCCGCACCUUGCCUUAACUCCGGCCUUUGCUUCCCUUUUCCCACUGCUACCCCAGGAUGUACAUCUCCUUAAUAGUGCCAGACCGGACAAGAGGAGGCUGGGAAGCCUGGGUGAGGUGGAUGCCUCUACCCUGACUCCAAAGCUGCUGCUGCAGAUCAGGUGCCUCGUGUCGGGUCUCAGUUCUUUCUGUGAGCAUUUAGGGGUACGUGAAGAGUGUUUUGCUGUGGGUUCCCUCAGUCGGAUCAUCGCUGCAGAUCUGGCCAAUUAUGCUCCUGCCAAGAACAGAAGGAAGAAUGCUACAGGCAGGGCAUCUGUGGUCUUUGUGGAUAGAACUCUGGAUCUCACAGGAGCUGUUGGACAUCAUGGAGAUAACUUAGUAGAGAAAAUCAUUUCGGCGCUUCCACAACUUCCAGGCCACACGAAUGAUGUGAUGGUUAAUAUGGUAGAGCUCACUGCACUCCAGCAAGAAGAGGAGAAUCAGAAUGUGGUUGCACCAGGCUGUCUUGCACAAUCCAAUGACACAGCUGCGAAAGCCCUGUGGGAAGCCUUACUGAACACCAAGCACAAAGAGGCAGUGAUGGAAGUUCGGAGACAUCUAGUGGAAGCAGCAAGCAGAGAAAACCUGCCAAUCAAGAUGAGUAUGGGGAGAGUCUCGCCAGGACAGCUUACAUCCUAUAUUCAGCUCUUCAAGAACAAUCUCAAAGCUCUAAGGAAUCAUUGUGGACUCCUGCAGCUUGGGCUGGCCACAGUUCAAACUUUGAAACACCCGCAGACAGCCAAGUGGGACAACUUUCUAGCUUUUGAAAGGCUCCUUCUCCAGAGCAUUGGGGAAUCAUCAAUGUCUAUUGUAUUAAGUCAGCUACUACCUAUGAUUAAGCCUUCAACCCAGAGGACCAAUGAUGACUAUAACCUUGAGGAGCUGCUGAUCCUCCUCAUAUAUAUUCAUUCUGUCACUGGAGAAUUUGUGGUGGACAAAGACCUGGGAGAUACUGAAGAAAAAGUGAAGAAAGCAUUGGCUCAGGCUUUUUGUGAGGAGUCCGAGUUGUCACCUUUGCUUCAAAAAAUUACAGGCUGUGACUCUUCAAUUAACCUGACAUCUCACAAAUCCAAAAUUGCCGUGGAUGAGCUCUUCAGUACUCUUCGGGACAUUGCCGGAGCUCGGAGUCUCAUGAAACAGUUCAAGUCUGUGUGUGUCCCUGGGAAUCACGGCCACCAGGCAAUCUAUAAGCCAUUGUUGAAGCAGGUUGUGGAAGAAAUAUUUAAUCCUGAGAAGCCAGAUCCUGUUGAUAUUGAGCAUAUGUCUUCAGGCCUCACUGAUCUCCUUAAAACUGGAUUUAGCAUGUUCAUGAAGGUGAGCCGGCCUCAUCCCAGCGACCACCCGCUCCUGAUCCUCUUCGUGGUGGGUGGCAUCACAGUCUCUGAAGCCAAAAUGGUCAAAGACCUUGUGGCUUCCCUGAAGCCAGGAGCCCAGGUGAUCCUACUGUCCACACAGCUCCUGAAGCCACUUAACAUUCCCGAGCUGUUAUUUGCAACUGAUCGACUACAUCCAGACCUUGGUUUCUGACAACUGCUAAGAAGAUAAGACCUGCCCAAGCUGGAAUACCAAUACCGUCAUCUGUCCCCAUUCCAGAUAUGCCUCCAAAACCAGUGUCCCUGUUGCUAAUUGUGGGUAUGACCACAUUCUGCCGGAAGAGUCUUGAUAACUGAGCAGCAAGGUACUCUGUUUGGAUUGCUCGUAUAUUUUUUUAAGUUUUUUUUUUCAUUUUUCUAAAAGUGUCAAGUUCUCUUUAGCUGACCUAAUAGUGAUAAUUUCACUCUUUAUUUGUGAUUCUUCCUGUAAGUUCAUUAAUUCGAAAUAAAAGCCUGUUGUUAAGUGUGGGUA